GUUAAAAAGCUCUAACUUGAUAAAUUUUGUCUCGAGAGGUUUGAUUUUUAAAGAUCGAACCAAGAAAAGAAAAAGAACUGUGGUCCAAGAGUUUUCUAUGGAUACCCAUGUUAAUCUGAGAGAUUUUACUAAAUGCAAUUGUUGAUCCAUUCAAAAGGCAGAAAUAGGGAGCCAAAAAUGUGGACACAAUUUGAAGCUCUAAAACUUUUCCUACCUACUACUAGUAGGACUCUAGGAGGAUUUAUGAACAUCACAUGUUCGUGGUUUUAGAUUUACUGUUGUCAAUUGGUUUCUUCAGUUACAAUCCAGGAUACCUUAGAUGAGAACUACUGUGCACCCUUCCUUGAAUGCGGUGGCACAAAAUGUGGUACAACAUUCCUAAUAAUGCAACAGCUUUUUUGGGAUAACUUGUCAGCUGAUCUCAACUAAAACACUCCAUACACAAGAUAAUCGACUUAAUGACUCCCAUGAUACACCUAUAGUUAAACCAUAAAUGAGCAUGGCUCGGCCAUUUAAAUCUCUCUCUCAUGUCUGUUUCUUUACAGACUACACAAUUUAGAGAGGAAGGGGUCACCACAACGUUUCAUUAAUCCCGUCCAAGCAUCCUAACAGUCUUUUGUAUUACGGAAGCUGCGUAUUUUGACCAAUCACAAAGGGAGCUAGAGAGGCAGUAGAAGAAAAUUAAGUACGGAGAGGUGAAGAUGUCAGUGAAUCCCAUACCUUACGGGCGCGAUUGAAAUGAUCUAUCGGUCUCAAAUUUGCGAUCUAAAACCAUUUCCAUCCUUGCAGUUCCCCUUCUUUGCUUUCACAAACUCAACUAACAAACCCCACACAAUCAAUUAUGCCUUGGAAGUUGCUCCACCUUUCGAAGUUCCAAUAACACUUUCAAACUUCUUGUUCUUCUGUCUCUGAAACAACUGAAACAUAAUCAGAUAUACAAUGGAGCCACAAAUUUCACCAGAGACUAGGAAUUCCAACACCAAUAUCUUGGAAGAACUUGAGUUUCUAAGUCAGUCACUCUACCAGUCCCAUACAACUACUACUACUACCACAAGAAGAAGAACUGCCUCCUUUGCUCUUCCUCGAACUUCAAUUCCCACAAAUUCGCCAGCCGCUAACAUACUCACAUCAAAAAAUGAGGAAAAUAGGGAGAUAUCUCAGUCCAUGCGGAUUUUUACGUCCCCAUGGCGAUCUAAGCCGAAGCUUGAUCAUGAUCAAAAUGAUGAGAAAAACGAACUGCAAGUUUCAGAUCACCAAGAGAUCAAGAUGCUGGAUGAAAAGGUCGUGGGUUCGGCUGAAAAGAAGGGAAUUUGGAAAUGGAAGCCAAUUCGAGCACUUUCACAUAUCCGAAUGCGGAGAUUGAGCUGUUUGUUCUCUAUUGAAGUUGUCAGUGUUGAAGGUCUUCCAACGUCGAUGAAUGGGCUUCGUCUUUGUAUUUGCGUGAGGAAGAAAGAGACUAGAGAUGGGGCAGUGAAGACGAUGCCAUCCAGAGUUUCGCAAGGAGUAGCUGAGUUCGAAGAGACUUUGUUUGUCAAGUGUCAUGUCUAUUGUAGUACUGGGAGUGGAAAGCAGCCGAAAUUUGAGCCUCGCCCUUUCUUGAUUUAUAUGUCAGCUGUUGAUGCUCGAGAGAUUGAUUUUGGAAGGGGUUCAGUGGAUUUGAGUCUUCUGAUUCAAAAAUCCUUGGAGAAAAGCCUUGAGGAGACGCGUGUUCGGCAGUGGGAUGCAAGUUAUGAUUUAUCAGGAAAAGCAAAAGGAGGAAAACUUGUUCUGAAACUUGGAUUUCAAAUCAUGGAGAAAGAUGGAGAGUUGGGAAUUUAUGGGCACACUGAUGAAGGAUCCAACUCAGGUAGUAGUUCUUUGAGUUAUUUUGGUCGCAAGCAAUCAAAAUCUUCUUUCAGCAUUCCGAGUAGAAGGAUGUCAAGUAGAAUGGCCGUGUCGAUGAGUCCUUCAAGUGUGGGCAGAGGAGUGGAUUUUGAUGCCAUUGACGACUUCAGUUUUGCUGCACCAGCUGUCUUUCCUCCAAGCUCACCAUUUUCUCAGAAAUCUGAAGAGCCUGAGAUGAAUGUAGAAGGCCGUGAUCUUCCGGAAUUCGACGUCGUAGACAAAGGAGUUGAGAUUCGAGAAAAAGGCCAUGCCAACGAAGAAGUGUCUGAAGACGAUAGGUCGGUUACAAGUGAGGUUGUUAAAGUAGUAAUGAAUGAGCAACUCCACUGGACAAGAUCGAAGGACCUUGACUUGAUUGCUCAACAGAUCAAAACACUUGAAUCUAUGAUGGAGGAUGAAAAUUCUGUCAAUACAGAAGAAGAAAGUGAAUCACAAAAGCUAGAUGAAGAUGAAGAAACUGUAACCAUGGAAUUUCUUCAAAUGCUCGAGGAAGAGGAGCACGAUGAACAGAAGGGUAAUCAGCUGUUGAAACCUGAAGUAUCUGAAAUUAUCACAGAAACCACAGAAACAGAUUCCAAAGUUCUUCUACCAGAUCUUGGCAAGGGACUAGGCUGUGUAGUUCAAACAAAGGAUAGAGGCUAUUUAGCUGCCACAAAUCCUUUCAACAUUGAGUUCUCAAGAAAAGAAACCCCGAAGCUCGCAAUACAGCUCUCAAAACCUUUGAUUCUUCAAUCACAGAAAUUGAUGAGUGGGUUCGAGAUGUUCCAACGAAUGGCAGCCAUUGGACUUGAAGAACUGAGCUCUGAGAUGUUAGCAUUAAUGCCUCUGGACGAGUUGGUUGGUAAAACUGCAGAACAAGUAGCUUUCGAAGGAAUUGCUUCCACAAUCAUCCAAGGACGGAAUGCAGAAGUAACUACCUCUAAAGCUGCUAGCUCCAUCACUGCAUUAAAAACCAUGGCCGCAGAAAUGAAUGCAGGCAGAAAAGAGAGGAUCUCAACAGGAAUCUGGAAUGUAGAUGGAGAACCAGUUGCUAUAGAUGAGAUUCUAGCAUUUUCAAUGCAAAAGAUAGAGUCCAUGGCAAUCGAAGCUCUAAAGAUUCAGGCAGAGAUGGCAGAAGAAGAUGCCCCUUUCGAUGUUUCUCCACUCUUUACUCUUGGCAACAAGAAAGACCUGCAUCGGCCCUUUGCCUCAUCUGUCCCACUCGAGAUUUGGCUGAAAAAUAGAAGUCUAACCACAGCUGAAGGUGAACAGGAACUCCCAGCUACAGUAACACUGUCACUAGCUCUUCAACUAAGGGACCCAUUGAGGCGAUAUGAGGCAGUAGGAGGCCCAAUGAUUGUUUUGAUUCAGGCAACACGUACAGAAGCUACACCAGGGAAAGAUGUUGGUGAUACUGUUGAAAUGAGAUAUAAAGUGGUGAGUUUACAUGUUGGGGGUUUAAAGAUCAGAAUGGGAGAGAAACGGCAUAUUUGGGAUGCUGGGAAGCAACGGUUAACUGCAAUGCUGUGGUUAAUGGAACAUGGCUUGGGGAAGCCGGUUAAAAAAGGGAAACCCGUAACGUCGAAGGGGAUGGAUUCGUUAUGGAGCAUCUCUUCGCGUCUAAUGGCAGAUAUGUGGCUCAAACAGAUGAGAAAUCCAGAUGUUAAGUUCCUAAAACAGCAACUAGCUAUGAUUAGGUCAUAGUAACUUUGUAAGCAAUAAUAAGUAAGUAACUAGACAGGAAGUUUUAUAAUCAUAUGUAUGAUCAAAAUAAAACAGUAGGCUUUGUGAUAAAUGUUAUAUUGAACUGCUAAGUAAUGUAGCCAUCUAAAGAAAAUUUUGGUUUUA